AUGGCGGAAUCGUUCUUCUUGGACACCAUCGGAUUCCGGGACAAUGACUUUCCCCAACCAUUCCAUAAAUCUCCCCUGCCAUUCGAGCUGCUCUGCGUGGGAGCUCCAGAGUCCGGUGGAGUCCUGUUUCCGUACAAGCUCUCACAGCAACAGCAACAGCAACAGCAACAGCAACAGCAACAGCAACAGCAACAGCAACAGCAACAGCAACAGCAACAGCAACAGCAACAGCAACAGCAACAGCAACAGCAACAGCAACAGCAACAGCAACAGCAACAGCAACAGCAACAGCAACAGCAACAGCAACAGCAACAGCAACAGCAACAGCAACAGCAACAGCAACAGCAACAGCAACAGCAACAGCAACAGCAACAGCAACAGCAACAGCAACAGCAACAGCAACAGCAACAGCAACAGCAACAGCAACAGCAACAGCAACAGAAUAAGCUGGGUCGAUACCGCACGGCGGCCAGAUCAUCUGCCCGACCUUCUUUGAAUAGCUUUUUAAUUGUAAACAAGCUGCUCAAGAUGGUGCACAACCUGGACCCGUGGUACCCUACCGUAGAUCUACACGAGCUGGCCGGCGUCGACACCAUCGACGCAAGCAUCGAAAAGGCAACGAGAACCUUCAGGACUUCCUGUGGGAUGUCAACAAAUCCGCUCAUCGAAGCACUCCUCCGUCAUCACCUGUGA